AUGCUCAUGACAGUGAAGACGGUUACUCAAAUAAUUACAAAUCUAUCCUUAUACAGGGAUGCAGCCUGGGAAUUGGAACCCGGUGCAUUUGACUCCUCAGCAAAUCCCGAGGCCGGCAAUUCGGCCGCUUCAAGCCCCUCCACCAUCCCAGCAACCACCUCAUCGCCAGACGAGAAUGCCAAACCGGCGGCCCCCUCCACUCUGACGACUGACUCUCCCCCUAGCCCCGCUGUUCGGAAAGGCAUCCGCCGUCGUCGUAGGCUGACAGAAACAGCAACACCUACUUACCGUCAUGGCAUUACGCGACGCCGAACUACAGUGGCUCACCGGACCCCCCUAUCUGAGGUGCAGCCGGCUUGCCACGAGGAUGGAGCGUUGGUGCGACUCUCCACUGUUGACGAGGUUUGCCAUCUGGAUACGGAGUCAGAGGGCGAGACGACUCCCAUCGCCGUGACGACUACAACAUCGUCUGCAGAGGCUACACUCUCGGGUUCACCCAGCAUACUCUCGGUUCUGAAGUACCCCUCUCCUGUGUCUCCACGUGCAUCUGUUAAGCUCCAACGACGUAGGAGAAACACAGGUGUCCCCACAUCGCGUGGGGGUAGUCAUAGGCAAGUGUAUCAGCGACACCCGAGCUUGCAAAGGUCUACUGACAAUGGUCUUAGACAGACCUCCAUUUCAGCCUACUUCACAUCAAGUAAUAAGGUUGGCGUCAUGGAUGCUACGAACGAGCUCUUUAAGUCACUUCUUACUACUGAGGUUAAGCAGGGUGGAGGGUACAGUCUGCGUAGUGGUGAUACUGGGGCAUCGAGUCAGGCCUCUUCCCUGUGUUUGGGUCGCUCGCGACCGUCCUCCCAACAGACCCUCUAG